AUCAAAGAAGGAACACGUGCAUUUUAGUACUUUGUUUGAUACUCCAAUAUACUGUAUAUAUAUAGAGGGGGAGAGAUAAGAGAGACUCGUUACUCUUCCGACCUGAAACCCUAGCCUCCAAAAAGAAAAAAGAAAAAAACCCUAAUCAGUUGUCCUCCUGCGUUGGUGAACCAUGGCCAAGAAGCGAAAGCUGCGCCCAUCCGAACCCGAAUCAUCCAACGAAAACCCUGAAUCAGAACUACAGCAACAGAUCGAAGAACAAGAACCGCAAGAUAUUGAAGAACAAGAACAAGAAGAACAGCAAGAGAUGGAAGAACAGCAACAGAUCGAAGAACAAGAACAGCAAGAGAUCGAAGAACAAGAACUAGAACAGCAAGCCAAUGAAGAAGCACAUCCAAUGGACGACGACGAGGACGACAACGAAGAAGAGACCGAAGAAGGAGGCGGAGACGAUGCUGUGAACUCCUGGAACGACACCCAAGAAGCUCCAUCCGAAACGAACGGCGGUGAGAAAGCCGGAGAUGGCGAGGAGGAAGAGGAGAUCGACGGUGACGAAGAACCGGUCGAGAAGCUUCUAGAACCCUUCGGAAAAGAACAGCUCGUCGUUCUCCUCAAAGAAGCUGCUGCGAGGUACCCCGAAUUCAUGGAAAACAUCCAGAAGCUGGCCGAUGCUGACCCCGCCCACCGCAAGAUCUUCGUGCACGGCCUCGGCUGGGACACCAAUGCUGAAACCCUAACCAGCGUCUUUGGCAAAUAUGGAGAGAUCGAGGAUUGCAAGGCAGUCUGCGACAAGGUGUCUGGGAAAUCCAAGGGCUAUGGAUUCAUCCUCUUCAAGCACCGCAGUGGGGCUCGAAAGGCUCUCAAGCAGCCCCAGAAGAAGAUCGGGACUCGGAUGACCUCGUGCCAGUUGGCCUAUGCCGGCCCUGUUCCGGCCCCUCCGCCCACAGCACCUCCGGUUUCAGAGUACACACAGAGGAAGAUUUUUGUGAGCAAUGUUUCUGCAGACAUUGAUCCACAGAAACUGCUCGAGUACUUUUCAAAGUAUGGGGAAAUUGAGGAUGGACCAUUGGGGCUCGAUAAGCAAACUGGGAAGCCAAAAGGGUUCGCACUUUUCGUCUACAAAACAGUUGAUAGCGCAAAGAAGGCACUGGACGAGCCACACAAGAUCUUUGAGGGACACACUUUGCAUUGCCAGAAGGCAAUUGAUGGUCCAAAACCGAAUAAACCCUAUUAUCAGCCGCAGCAUCAGCAUCAGCAUCAGCAUCAGCAUCAGCAUCAUCAGCCGCAACAAUUCCAUCAUCACUCUGGGAGGAAGGAAAAGGCGGCUAAAUAUUCGUCUGGUAGUGGUGGGCCGGGAUCAGGACACUUGAUGGCACCAUCUGGACCUGCGGUGGGAUUCAACCCAGCAGUUGCAGCACCGGCAUUAGCCCCUGCUCUUGGCCAGGCUUUGACUGCCUUGCUUGCUACUCAGGGAGCUGGGUUGGGGAUACCUAAUCUGCUAGGAGGACUUGGAGGACCAGUGAACCAAGGUGUGCCACCUAUGAUGAACAACACUGGUUAUGGGAAUCAGGGAGGUGGCGGCUAUGGGAACCAGCCUGUGAUGCAGGGUGGGUACCAGAACCCACAGAUGGGGCAGAUGGGGCAGGGCAAUGCAGGAAGGUCGCAUCAGGGUGGUGCACCUUACAUGGGUCACGGACACUAGAUUCCUACAUAGAUGCAUCAAUCUUUUUAGUUUUGGACUCUGGUGAUUCUUCUGAAGUUCCGGGCAAUCAUGCAAAUGACGUCUUUAUAUUUGUAGCAAAAAAUUACUGUUUGCUUAAAGACCCGAUUCUCAAACCUGUAUUUUCAUUUCUAUUAAAGUACUUUUGUUAAACAUGUAUUUUCCUUUCUAUUUAAGUACUUUUGUUCCUUAAUGUUUUCAAAACAAUGUAGUAUUUUGCUUCCCAUAUUUUUGCUUCUAAAAAAGUGUUGGGGAGCAGGUAGUAGGGUUUUCCUGCAGAGAACGUCAAGACUCUCCAGAAUUUUCAUUAGAUUAAUUAAUCAGCAGUGUUUUUGUUA